AUGACUAAGGAAAUGCACUUCCAUCUCCUAAUUUUUACCAAGUUGCCAGCGAUUAGUUAUCCAUUGGAGCCGAAUGCGAGUGUCUGCGAAUUUAUCAGAAAUAUUGCCAGAUUUCAAGACGAUGAGUAUGAUCGGUUGGAAAAGAGUAAAAGUUUAGCUAAUUUUAUUUUGUACACUAAAAUCAAAUAUAAAAAAUCACAUCGUUCCUGUAAGGAACAUAUUGCUUCCCUGGAAAACCUAAAAAAUCGUGGAAAUGACUUACGUGCAUCCAGUCCCUGGUCAGAAAUAAUUAAAUAUCUUAAGUCUACAUAAGAGGAAUAUCAAGGAGGUCCUUGUGCUGAUGAGGAAAACGAGGAUAUAUACGUGUAUUCAACAGAAAUAAAAAAAAUGAAAGACGAUAUACGCGAAUUGAGUCAAACUGUGAAAGAUCAAAACGAAUAUUAUAAUUUCGUGGCACAUAUUGAUACGAGUGGGGAUACGAUUAUAAAUACCUUAUCUAAUUUCUCUAUUCCCACGCUGUACUCUCCCCGGUUGAAGAAAACCCAUUUUUGAAAGCUGUGUAAAUGAAAACGGG